GAGCUAGUGAAUGAGGAUUGUCUGUCACUGAACAAAAGUCUCUCCGAACAGCCAGCAUCAGCCUCAGACAGGUGAUCGGAAUUAAACGGCACGCGCGAGUCAUGGCCGAAGACGUUCAGCAGAAACUGGAGCAGUACCGCACGGCACCGUUCGAUGCCCGCUUCCCGAACCAGAACCAGACGAGAAACUGCUGGCAGAACUACCUGGAUUAUUAUCGCUGCCAAAAAGCUCUGGAUGCCAAAGGUGUCGACACAGCUCCAUGUGACUGGUACAAGAGGGUCUACAAAUCCCUCUGUCCUCUAUCCUGGAUUGAGAAAUGGGACACUCAGAGGGAAGAUGGAACAUUUCCAGGAAAGAUCUGAAGAUCACACAGCCUCCAGAGAACUGCAUCAGGGGAACCGAAAUGCAUCUGUCUGUGGUAUCGUCUCACCCCAGCCGAGCAGGGCCUUAUCAAUGUUCGUUCAAAAAUGCUCCUGUCAGGCUGGAGGAUGAGAUGGAUUGUUAACGUCAUUCCUUCUUUUAAAUGAAAGUGUUGCAGAUUCUGCAUUAAAAUCUCUCAGGCUUUGAAAUGUGA